AUCCAUUACACACCACCACUCUCUACCAUCUCACGUCACUUCUCUCUCUCUCUCUCUCUCUCUCUCUCUCUCUCUCUCUCUCUCUUUAAAUAGUACAUACCAUCCCAAAAACCAAAACCUUCAACAGCAGCACCAUCUCCAAACUACUGCAUCAUUCCAUAGAUUAAUUUCUUCAUCUUAUACCUAUAUAUAUAUAUAUACACAUACUGAAUAUGGGGGACAAGAAUUUCAAUCUCCCGCCGGGGUUCCGGUUUUACCCGACCGACGAAGAGCUGGUGGUCCAUUUCCUCCAGCGCAAGGCUGCUCUCCUACCUUGUCAUCCGGAUGUCAUCCCUGAUCUCGACCUCUGCCCUUGUGAUCCUUGGGAGUUAGACGGCAAAGCUACGGCAGAGGGGAGCAGAUGGUACUUCUUUAGCCGGAAGACGCAGAACCGCGUUACAGGAAACGGGUAUUGGAAGCCAUUAGGUGUUGAGGAGCCAAUCUUUACUAGUGGUAGCAAGGAAGUUGGUACGAAACAAUAUUAUGUGUUCUAUAUUGGUGAAGAAUCAACCGGAGUCAAAACGAAUUGGAUAAUGCAAGAGUAUAGGCUUUCUGAUUCGGGUUCGAGUAGCAGCACUAGUAGACCAUCGAGAAGGCGAGGAAAUCCCAAAGUGGAUUAUAGCAAGUGGGUACUCUGUCGAGUGUAUGAGAGCGAUAGCGAAGAGGACGAUGACAAUGGACAGGAGCUUUCGUGCUUGGAUGAAGUUUUCUUGUCGUUGGACGAUCUCGACGAAGUUAGCUUUCCAAAUUAGAUCCAAUUUCAUAUGUUAAUUAGCAUUGUACUAUUGGGGUUACUAGCAAAAUGUUGUAACCAAACUUUUUAUGAUAUAUAUACGCCUACAAAGGAGAGUUUUAUGGCUUGGAAAUUAA